AUCCGAGCACACGAUCGCGAUCGCAGUAGUAGUUCGACAGUGGUUUUCCGCGCGUACGCGUGUCCCGGUGUCCAACAUCGACAUUUUAUUUAUUAUAUUUUAUUAACGCAGCGUCCGAUUUACGUAUACGAAGAUAUCGCAUCGCGUUUAAUAAAACAUACCUUUAUACCGAUAUAUCGCGCAUGUCUUGCCAUGCUAUAUUGUCCGCGUACCAUCCAAAUAAAAUAAUAUUUUAUUCAUAUUUAUCCGUACGAUUGCCGUUAUGUCAUAAUAAUACGAUGACGUUUUGAUGGAGGACGUCGGUGGCGGCAGCCCUACAAAUAUAAUAGUCAUCCGUCGCGGUUUACAAACAACCGUUUCGGUUCGACAUAUCGGUUUCAACAAUAAUAAUAAAAUACGCAAUUUCAACAAUUACGCGGACGCGAGACCCUAUAUAUACACUCUACGCCAGAAAACAAUACUUAUAUAAUAAGAUAUAUCUGUGUAUGAUAUUACCUAACAUUAAUACACCGCAGCUUCCACCGUGUUCAUAAUCCUCUCGGCUACUGGACCACAACGAAACGUAUUUAAGGACCCGCCUCCCACAGUACUGAGCAGCAGUAGUAUUAUAAUAUUGAUAUUAUAAAUGUGGCGCCAAUCAAACAUCAGUUGAUCGCAGCUAUAGUAGUACUGGUACUGUUCACACUGAAGAUAGUUAAUAAAUAUUUCGCAUUUCUAAAUGGAUGGAGCUCAGAGAAAUUUCAGUAUGAUGGCCGAGAAAAUCGAUAGAAUGCGAUGUUUAAGGGAACGAUGCGACAAUUAUGUCAGACUAAUAAAACUAACACUUGAUGAAACAAUCAAAGAACAAAAUUCGCUUUUGGAUGGAUCAGCAAUUCAUAAUAGACUAAAAUACUUAGGCGUAUUAGAUAAACCUAAAUCAUUAUCAAACACAUUCAAUACUGAUAAAUAUCAUAAGAAUAUAGAUUAUAAUAACAAAUACAAGUAUUUGGUGUUUGAUGAUGAUUUGAGUCUUAGGCAACAUAAAAAUAAAUCUAACUUAAAUACAAAUGAUAUGUAUUUAUCAAAUGACUAUAGCAACUUCAAUACUAACUAUAAACCACAGGUUUAUGAUUAUUCCACAGUAUGUGAUGACCAGAAUAACUCAUAUUAUAUGCCAAUCAAUCAUAAGAAAUAUAGAAAACCAAUGAACUUUCGAACAUUGAAUACUCAAGAAUACCAAGUAUAUUAUUUUCCUACAUCAAAACCUAUACCUCAAUAUCCUCGACAAACCACUGAUAGAUUUUACAGACGUAAACCUAUUAAACAAUAUCCUGAAGAAGAAGUUCCUUAUUGGCCAACUCGGUAUCCAAAACCAGUAAGAGUUGUUGAACGAGAACCAUCGUAUUCAAUGAUUGAUUAUGGUUACCGAAGUACAAAUGAUUAUCGCAUUGGCAAAUCAAAAUAUAUUGAACCGUAUUCAUCUGAACACCGUACAAGAUAUUAUCCAACAAAUGAUAAUAAUAUUUAUCAUGGCAAUGAUGAUAGUGAUUACUAUUAUGAACCUCAUUUGGGGCAGCGAUCGUUUUCUAGUAUAACAAGACCAUGUUCACCCGUAUAUAAUCAAGAUAUUUUGUAUGAUAGACCUCAAUUAGAAAAUUCCAGCAGUUUACUUGAAAAAAAAAUCCGAGAUUAUGUAUGGAAUCCACACAAAGAACGUGUUGAAAAGUAUAUGACUCCAAGUUAUGAAAAAACCAAGUAUUACACUGAUUUUAAACCAUUAAAGAUUAAACACCAAGGAGACGAAACAUUCAGAACACGUUCAUUAUUAGGAUUAGAUUCCCGAGUACGCAAUCAAAGAAGCGAAGUAAUCAAUGACAAUUCAUAUAAAAAUAACUCGAUACUUACGUCGCCUAAAAGAAAAUCUGCAGAUGACGAAAUUCUUCAAUCACAUGAAGACAAUGAUCAUUACACUGACUACAUAUUGAAUAAAAAAAAAACUGAAAGUCCAUCGACUUUACCAAAGCGAAUUAGUUUUGAUCUCGGUAAUGAGCAUAUUGAUCUACCUAUUCAUACAAAUUCAAUCGGAGAAAAUACUAAUAUCACGAAAGACCAUAAAUUAAUUUUAGAAAGAAAAGAAUCAAAUAUGAAAGUCGAUGAUAAGCGUCGAACAUCGUUAUUAUCAAAUGAUAAUUAUUCAAUUCCAAUAAACAAACAACGGGGUUCACCAAGUGAUACAAAUGUAAGUUCAAGAAGACAGUCUUUAAGUAAACAAGAAAAGUUAGCUUCAAUCGGAAAUUCUUUUGAAUCUGAAAAAUAUUUAAAUUCGAAAAAUAAUUAUCAAGAAAAUGAUUUGAGUUUAUCAGAAAAAAAUGUUGAUUCUUAUAAUAAUGAUAGAAUAAAUUAUGAUAAUAAUAAUGAUAUUCAGAGUUACUCGAAAACCCCAGAUGAUAAAAACAAUGUUGUGCUUAAAGAUGAAAAUACAUAUCGUGAUCUCAGACGUGAUAGUAAUGAUAAUAACAGAAAAAAAUCGUUGGAGACUACAGAUAAAAAAAAUUUUAGUUAUCAAGAUCACACUGAAAAUACUAAAAAUAAAAGGGAUAAAUUAAAUGUCACUGGACGAAGAGAAAGUUACAAAGGCGAACAAAAAUCGAAAAUAGAAAAUACUCGUGGAAAUACAAGUUUGAAUGGUGUGGAUAAUAAAUUAGACACUUUCGACAACGAAUAUAAUAACAAAACUGUUACAAAUGUAUCGCCUAAAAAUAAAAUUAGCUCACCCAUAAUUGAUCAUAGUAAUGGUAUGAAUAGUACGAGCAAAUACAAUAUGGACGAAUAUGAAACUGAGCACAUUCAACAAUUUACUAAUAAAAAUGAUAGUGGGGAAAAACGAAAAAAUUCUGAAACUAUUCAACCAUAUAAUAAUGUUGUUAAUGAUUCAAACGAUGAAAUAGAAAACUCUAAUACCGUAACACAAGUUAGUUCUGAUUUCAAAACAAUUCCGGAAGACCAAGAUUCAUCACAUGGAGUUUCGAUGAACGAGCUUACGAAUAAUAUAAAUUAUUACCAAGAUCAUUCUGAUGACAACCAUAUAAAAGAACACCCAACUCAUGGGUAUGAGACACAACCGGAACAUAUUGCUAACGAUGAUCAUUUUUAUCCAGACGUUGUUGAUGAUAACAAAGAAAUCAUAACACAGAACAAUAUCGAGCCCAUUGAACAAAACAAUUUUGGUGAAGACAACAAUGUACACGAUGAGUAUUAUUAUCAAAAUCCUACAGAUGACAAAGAAGAAAAUCUAAUAGAAAACCAAUACGAGAAUCCCGAUUCCCAAGUAAAUAAUGUCGACAACCAACACACUAAUGAUGAUUAUUACUAUCAAAAUUAUUCUAAUGUUGACCCAAAAGAACAACAAGAAAAUCAAUAUUCCGAACCUGGUGUAAAAGGAGAAUAUACAGGCGAGCACGUCGAGCACGAUGAUUAUUACUAUCAAAAUCAUGCGAGAGAUGACAUAAAAGAGCAGCAAGGAGAUCAGCAGUAUGUUGAUCCUAACUAUCAGGGAAAUUACGUCGAUCAGACACCGACUCACGAUGACUAUUAUUAUCAAAACUAUUCUAAUGUUGACCCAAAAGCACAACCAGAAAAUCAAUACACCGAAUCUGAUCACCAAGGAGAAUACGUAGCUGAGCAAAUGGAUCGUGACGAUUACUAUUACCAAAAUCACCCAGAAGAAGGUACAAAUGAAAAUCAAAUCGAUCAGCACUAUCAGGAGCAUCAAGGAAAUUACAUCAGUGGAGAGCAGGAUAAUUAUUAUUACGAGAAUAAUUCUAAUAAUGUAAACUUAGAAAGGCAUCCCGAAGGCCAUUAUGACGAACAUGCUCAACAGGAACCAUAUGCAGGUGAACAACACGCAAAUGACGGUUACUAUUAUCAAGAAGGCGAUACAAACUACAACGAUUCUGUCCCCAAAGAACAGUAUGAUGGUUAUGUUGAUAACAAUCACGACGCUAAUGUCGCUUAUUAUCCAGAAUCAAAUGUCGAACACUAUGAUCAACAACAACAUGAUUAUGAAAACAAUAGUUACCCAACACAAAAAGUAGACUACAUAGAACCGUAUGAGCAAAAUUCUAGAAAUGAAAAUAAUGAUUAUUCCGAAAACGUCGAUGGAAGUCAACCAACGAGUCAAAUUACCAACGAACAAAAAUAAUUUUCCUAUUAACGAUGAUCAAUUAAAAAAUAAUACUUAAGUACUACCUAUCUAUUAAUUAUAAAAAUAAUAUUUAUGUUUAUUUUUAGAAAAAAGUAAUCCGAUCUUGUUAUUAUCGUUUUAAGCGAAAUUUAUUGUAAAAUAAAUCGUAAUACUGAAUCAUUUAGUACAUUUAUUUUAAUAAAAUUAAUGCGAUUUAAAAUUGUAGUUGUUACAAAUAGUACAAGUACAGUUUAUAGUUGUACAUGUAAACAAUUCAUACAUUAUUCAUUUCCUUGUAUAGCUAUACGCCUAUAUGUUUAUUAUACGUAUAAUAAUAAUCACGAUAAAAAAAAAUAACAAGAAUAAGUAGAGUAAUAUAAAUAGCUAGGUAAUAACUAAUAAGUUAUAACUAAGAACUAAGAAGUAUUAUAACAUUUAUAAUAAAUAACUAUAAUGAUUCGGAAUACUACAUUACUAUGUACUUACCUAAAUUUAUGUACUUGUAUUUAUCAUUUAUAAAAAAAAUAUAUUAUGUUAACUAAACGAUUUAACAGUUUUCCACAAUGUUAAAUAAAUAUAUAAAAAAAAAUGAAGGCGAUAAAAGUAAACUCGAUUAAUAUUAAUAGAUAAUUUUAUCCUCGACAAAUAUCAGGGUGACGGGUUUAGCUUAUUCUAUUUUUUUAAAUUGUAUCAGCACUGAAACACAGUACACAAAAAUAUCUUAUACUCAAUAAUAGGAUGUGAAAUGAUUUCUUUUCGUCCAUAGUCCGCUUGUUUCUCCGAUGUAAUGGAGUUUUUUUUAAUAUUUAAAUAGGUACUUAUAUCAUAAUAAUUUAAUUAUUUUACAUGGACAUUGAGAUUCCUAUUAUUAUAAUAUCUUUAUAGUUUAUACUGUUUAUAUAGUAUGCGUAGCUAAAUGUUAAUAUUAUGAUAAUACCUAAGUUUGAUAACUACGUUUUGUCGUUUUGAAAUAUAUCGUUUCUCCUGCCUGUAGUCUUUUUUUCACUUCUAUUUUACGUAAGAAAUUAUUUGAAUUGCCAAAUACAUUACAUUUGUUCAAUAUACUUACUAGUUACUUACAAUUAAAAAAUUAUAAUGUACUUUUUUAUUGUUGUAAGUACAUAGCUUACUAUUAUAUUUUACACCACUGAGUCGGAUGUAGUAUAUCGAACUGCGUGUACCUAAUGCGAAAUUCGUUAUCGAUAUAGUACCAAUUACCAAAUAGUUAAGCGUGUAACUACUAAUUUAUUACAAUAUUUAAAUUAUUUUAGUGAAUAACAAAUUACAUUUUGUGAAUUUUUUUUAUUUUCUAUCUUAUAAUAACAUAAAUAAUAUUUUAUGAGCUUUAAUGUUUUUCGAUGGCUGUGAUAAUAAUUUAUCAGUUAUGGACUUAUGGUUAAGAGCUUAAGACCUCAUAGUUAACCGAUAAUUGUAAACAAAUAUUAUAUAUAUGUAUGUAUCUACCUAAUUUUCCUAAUUAUAUUUAAAUUAUGUAAAAAUGUAAACAAGACUACGUAUAGACUAUAGAUUAAUAAACAUAUUACGCAGCAUGGUCGUUUUUAUUUAUUAUUAUUUAUUACACAUUUGUGUGAUGUAAUAAAAUGUGUGUAUUAUGAAAAUUGACAAAAAGUAGGCCGCAUGUACCUUACCUAAUACUAAUUUUUAUUGUAGUUCGUAUAGGUAUUUACAAUGUAUCAUGUUAUAUAAAAAUGUAAGCUAAAUGUUGUAAUAAAGCUAAACAAUACUUUUUUCACAUAUCAAAUAUUAUAAA